AGGUAGGUGGAAGCGUGACGAAAGGGGUUGCUUAAAAAUACGACAAGGAAGUGGACGUUCAGGAGCGUCGGUUAAAUCCUAUUCAAAGGAGUAAAAAUAACAGAUUUUGUUCUAUUUUGAAGGGUGUAGUGAGUGUCGGGAGGGUUCAGUCGGUUUGGACUGACCCGGAAACCCGCUGCUAGCCGUUUUAGCUGCAUAACAGCGGAUACAGCGAUGAACACAGACGUGGAAUUUCACAUCAGGCAAAAUUAUCCGUGGAACAAGCUGCCAGCCAAUGUCAAGCAGAGCCUUGGAAACUCACAGAGGGAGUAUGACAAGCAGGUCUUGCUGUACAGCAUACGAAACCAGCUGCGGUUCCGCAAUAACCUGGUCAGGCAUGUGAAGAAGGAUGAGCGGAGCUAUUAUGAGGAGCUGCUGAAGUACAGCCGUGAGCAUCUGAUGCUGUACCCAUACCAUCUGUCCGACAUCAUGGUCAAAGGGUUGCGGAUCACUCCCUUCUCCUACUACAUCAGCAUCAUGGAGGAUAUUAUGAACAGUGAGAAGAGCUACGACUCUCUGCCCAACUUCACUGCUGCUGACUGUCUGAGGCUUCUCGGCAUUGGGCGGAACCAAUACAUCGAUCUGAUGAACCAGUGCAGGUCAUCCAAAAAAUUCUUCCGUAGAAAAUCAGCAAGGGAUCUUCUGCCAGCCAAACCAGUGGAGAUCUCAGUGGAGCCGUGGUGGGUAGCGCAAACCGGCUACAUCACCGAGGACGACAUAAGGAUCUGUUCUUCAGCGGAGAAGAGGGCCAUUGAUAAGAUGAUUGAUUCCGGACCCCAGCUGGCUGGAUCAAUGGAGUACAAUGUGGUUCUGAGUCUGUAUAACAGGGGCUUUAUAUACCUUGAUGUGCCCAUAUCGGAUGACAGCUGUAUAUCAGUGCCACCUCUGGAGGGUUUCGUCAUGAACAGGGUCCAGGGCGAUUACUUCGAGACACUGUUGUACAAAAUCUUUGUGUCCAUUGAUGAGCAGACCAAUGUGUCAGAGCUGGCGAACGUACUGCAGAUUGACUUGGGCCUGGUGAAGAAUGCUGUGUCCAUGUACUGCCGACUUGGUUUUGCCAUCAAGAAAGGUCAGGUGAUCAGCCCCGACCAGCUGCACCCGUCAUGGAAAAGCGCUCCCUCUGUCAACAGACUAAAGGGCACUAUGGACCCUCAGAAGAUGCUGCUGUCCUGGGAGGGGGGCAGUCCAGUAAUGGAGGCUGGUUCCUCCGCUACUGACACAGACACCACCAGUUUGGAGGACCAAGACACCGUGAGUGUGAGUAGUUUAAGUAUUCCUGCGGCCCCUACAAAGAGAAUCGCCUUCCUGUUUGAUUCCACCCUCACAGCCUUCCUCAUGAUGGGCAACCUUUCCCCCAAUUUAAAGAGCCAUGCAGUGACCAUGUUUGAGGUGGGGAAGCUGUCAGAUGAGACCCUGGACAGUUUUUUGAUGGAACUGGAAAAGGUGGAGAGCACUGCUGAAGGAGAAGCUCAGAGGUAUUUUGAUCAUGCACUUACCCUCAGGAACACAAUACUCUUUCUGCGCUACAACAAAGAGCUCACUCCUGAUCAGGGCCCUGACAUACCAAAUAUAGGCCUGCCUUUGGACCUCCUCCGAUGUGAGAGUCUGCUGGGAUUGGAUCCUGCCACCUGCAGCCGGGUGCUCAACAAGAACUACAAGCUGCUGGUUUCCAUGGCACCACUAAGCAACGAGAUCCGGCCAAUCAGCAGCUGUACACCUCAGCACAUUGGGCCAGCAAUCCCUGAGGUCAGUUCCAUUUGGUUUAAGCUGUAUUUGUACCAUGUGACUGGCCAGGGCCCUCCCUCUCUGCUGCUGUCCAAGGGCUCUAGACUACGGAAACUACCAGACAUUUUCCAGGCCUACGAUCGGCUCCUCAUCACGUCCUGGGGUCAUGACCCUGGUGUGGUGCCCACAUCAAAUGUCCUGACUAUGCUGAACGAUGCCUUGACUCACUCUGCGGUGCUCAUACAGGGCCAUGGCAUGCAUGGUCAUGGGGAAACAGUUCAUAUCCCCUUCCCUUUUGACGAAGAGGACCUCAAAGGAGAAUUCUCCUAUUCCAACAUGUGUGCACACAAGGCCCUGAAGAUCCUGCGUGAAAAAGUGGAUCUGGAGCACCAAUGUGGCUACAUCACAAUGUUAAACUGCAACAACAGGAACCGCCGCAGGCCUAGUGACGCAGACGCGGCUGGAGACCCCGAAUUUGGUACAGGGUUUGAUGCCAAUGGAAGCAGCGAGUCUUUUGAGCUGGUUACUGAGGAGAACAAUGGGGACGGCAGUAAGAAGCAGGGAACAGAGGGGUCUUCCAGUGAGGACGAGUGGGUACCUUUGGAGCUGUGCUUUGGAAUGCCGCUCUUCAGCUCGGAGCUAAACCGUAAAGUGUGUCAGAGGAUUGUCUCACACAAACUCUGCAGCAAAGACAGUCUUCAGGAACUACUACAUUCCAGUCGAAAGCUGUCCUUGAAAGUUCUGAGUUUUGUCCAAUCAUUCCAAGAUUGUAGCCAUUCCGGUGACCCGGACAGUGGGGUAGCAGGGCCUCUUUGCCAGCCGCCGGCUGAGUCUGGCGUCCCCCUCCCUGCCAUAAACCUCCUCUUUAAGGACGGGCAGCUGAAGGAGUGGAGCGGGCGAACCCCGCCUUCCCUCCACCUCUCCACCAUACAGAGAGACCAGCCCACAUAAAACCACACCCUCAACCUCUCAAAAAAACAUCUACACACCAGUCACCUUCACACCCAGUCCCACUCAUCCCGAUCGAUUCUCGAGCUAGUAGUGUUACUGUCUUGGCUCUGUUUCGGUACAGCCGAGCGUAACACUCUAUGCUCAAUCAGUGAUCUGGACAUGAUCGCACCCCUCAUCAGCUGUCACUCUAUGUUGAGUUUAUUCCGUAUAGAAAUACAAAAUACUCUCACAUAAGUGUGACUUUGCUUGGAAAAGAAUAGGACAAGCCCUGUGGUUGGAUGAAGUCACCCAGGUCUCUUGUAAUAUGCCUAUUUGUACUGUCAUGUCAUGUGACCUGAUGCAUGAUGUCAUUGCACAAAAUCUCAGAAGAGCAACUUGACAAAAUGGUUUGAAUUGGUGGCCAUGAAAAUGGGGUUUUUACUUUUGCACAAAGUCUGUUGAUUUUCCUUUACGUGUUUUUUUUUUUUUUUUUUAAUCAUUAACUCUUGCUCUUUAUUUGAGAGAGAUUUAAAUUUCCUCAUACUUUUUCACUGUCAUCAUUUUUGGAUAGCCAGAGCAUAGGAGCAAAAUAUGCUUUCAAAUUCAUUUCUUGCUGUUGUAUCACCAAAGAUUCAUCUUUUUUUUUUUUUUUUUAAUUUUUAAUUUUUUUCGACAGCAAUUUUAGUGUUAUUUUGCAGCAUUAUACAGGAAUUGCUCGGUUCCCAGGAGACUGAAAUCAACUGUGUGCUUGUGUACUCGAUGGUGUGAGACCUAUUCAGCAGCCUGUUUAAGGAAUUACUCAUUUGAAUUGAGUUUACAGCUGUUUUGGAGUCCAGUGGGUAUCAUCCAAAGCCUGGCUCUCCCACAAACAUGGAAGAUCAUUCUCUGUAAUAUUCCUACCAAUCUCUUUGGUUAUAAUGUAGCGUUGCUACUAUGUUAAAUCAUGUAGCCAAUCAGGCUCCAUUUCCCUUUUCCGACUCUAUAGUCAUGGUUAUUAAUGAUUGCCAUGAGAUCUUGGUGCAGCAUGAUGAGUGUUUAGAAACCAUUGUGUGUAUUGUGCAUCGUUCUUGCACCUUCUUUCCCCACCUCCUUUCUUUCCCACGUUCCCUUUCGCUGAACUCCUAUUUGUGCCCCACGGGACCUUCUCCUUUGGAAAACCUGAACCUCGCCCAUUUCCCUGUUCCUAAUCCAUCUCAGUGUUAGAGAAGAACUUGUUAGUUUUAUAAUGUCGAUCUGCAUUUUAGGAACUCUUUGUUGUAGGGUGUUUGAUGGGACUGUGAAUAAUUCUCUUGUAAUUAAAUGGGUCUAAAAAUGACAUUCCCUCUCACACCACCCCCCUCCCAAAAAAAUGGCAUACCAAUAUGUACAAAGUAUAUGAUAAAUCUAAAUAAAUAAAAAUGGUGCAACAAUGCUCCCCCAAAAACCCAUUUACACAUGCAGUGCUUGUCUGGUGCUGUAAUUGCUACUGAAACACAAAUGCAGGGUGUCGGCAAUGGGUCAGCAGAUGAUGACGCAUAAAAAUGCAACAGUCUGAGCAAAGGUGAGAGUAUAAAAUGAGCAGGACUGAAUGUUUUUCUCUCUGUGUUUCAUCAUCUUGUGCCUGAAUAUUUUCCUUCACUGCAUUCAAAUGUAAUGUUUAUACAUGUAUGGCACCCUUCAGGUGGUAUUCUAUGAUAUACAAACUUGCCUGAAAACUACACUUUCCUGAAAUAUGUUUUUCUUUUGAAUGUAUCUCAAGUGAAGUUAUAGCAUUUAAAGAAAUCUGUUUACUCCCAAACGUGAAAAGGAAGAAAAUCACAUUUAAGGAUUCCAUUCCAAAGAAGAAGCUUUUAUUCAUCACAUAUAUAUUAUAGCACAGAGAAAUUCUUUCCUUCACAUAUCCCAGCAUCCCUGAGCAGGGACGUUAAAUGCAUUGCUUAAGGGCCCAACAGUGGCAAUUUGGCAGUGCUGGGGCUUGAACCCCAAUCUUCUGAUCAUUAACCAUAACUAUACACAUAACUAUCUAACAUGUUAAAGUUCUCAAAUUGUGACAUGGACUGUGUGAGGAAAUCACACUUAGCUAGUAAGGGUUUAGACAUCUUUAGGUAGAGUGAGUAUUUUUAGAGUUAAAGAGAGUCUAUGCAGGAUUGAAAAGUAAAUAAAAACAUUUACUCAUUGUUUUUGGCUGACAUGGUAUGGACAUGGUGAAUGAUUACUAUCUGUGUGGAGUUUCGUCUGUUCUCCUCUUGUCUGUGUAGGUUUCUUCCUGGUUCGCCAGUUUCCUCCACCUGUCCAUAAACAUACCAGUAGGUGGAUUGAUGACUUUACAUUGACCCUAGGUGUGAACGAGAGUGUGAGUGUGUGUGCAUGGUGUCCUGUAGUAGUGUCUCAUUCAGGGUAUAUAUUCCCACCUCACACCCAGUGUUCCCAGGAUAGGCUCCGGAUCCACAGUGACCCUGACCGGGUAAAAACGGUGACUGAAGAUGAAUGAACACUUAUGGUUUCUUAAAGUUGAGAUGUCAAAGUAUGUUACAUGUAGAAAAAAACAAUUUUGUCAAAGUGUUUCUUUGGCUGUUUUCCAGAAUUCAGGCUUGGUGAGAGGUUUUUUCCAGGUCGCCAUGCAUAUUUCCAACAACAUUUGACCUGACAAGUUAGGUCCUUCACAUUCUGUCAGUCAUCCUGUGAGUCACUGGUCAUGUUACACAUACCAAAAGAGGAAAUACUUUCAACAUUGUGCAAUUGUGCCUCUGUCAUGCUGCAGACACACUCACUAUAUGAGCACAUGGUCAUCUCAGUAUGGUCCUUGUAGUAUCAUUUUCUCUUGCACAUAGGCUUUGCUCAAGUCCAUGUAUUGCUCUUUGCAUACAGUCAGUAUAGCCAGGCCAUUGCAGUAAUAUGUGUACAUAGUCACGGGGAGAGUAAUCUUCAAUCUUUGUCAUUAUACCUAAUUACUAAUGUCUGUGCUAUGUAAGUAGUGGGCUGAAUCGAGGAACCACUCUAUCCCUCCUUUCCAAUAGCUUUGGGAAACAAUACUGGAUUAUUUUAUGUAAGGAACAAAACACUACUACAUAUGUUUCUACAGGAAAAUAAUCAACAAUGGAGUGUGAUGUGGUCCAGUUACUAUCACCACUCCGGAGCUGAUUAAUUUCCGAUAAUAGCACAUCCCGAAGUGUAUAAUUGCUCUUACACAGCAGCAUUUGGCAACGAUUUCAAUUUUCAUUUUACUACUGAACAACACUUUUAACCGUUUAGAGUUACAUUUAAUGUUGUGAAAUGUCCAUGAGACAAGCUAGUUCCUUUUAUCACUUUUAUUAUAAACAACAUCAUUUCCUUACCAGUCUCUCU